UUCUAAAACUUUAGUUCAGUAUCACAUAAUAACUAAAUAAUCCAAUCCGUUCUCUCUAUAUUUUGUGUAGAUACAAUUAUAAAAUUUUUAUGAAUUAAAAUAUUUAGCGAAUAUUGUAAGGAAUUAAUGUGUUUACAUGUGCGUACUCAAAAACGUCACGGUACGAAACAAAUACAAAAGUUUGGCGCCUCUUUCUUCUUCAUCCGUUGCCUUCAAACCCAAGCUGCCAUGUCCAUGUAGCAACACAGAGUUCUUAGCUUUUCAAAGCGAAAAUCGAAAAAUGAAGAAUGUCCAAAUACCCAAAUUCAAAUCAUUGAUCUCGUUAAAAGAAACUGAAGCAAAUCCCCUUUUAUGGCCGCCCAAAUUAUCUUCACUGUCAUCAUCUUUACAACAAUAUAUCAAUUCAGACACUCCUAUUUUCGGCCAAAAGAUUCAUUCAUACAUUUUGAAAACUGGGUAUCAACCCAAUACUAACAUAUGUAUCAAAUUGUUAAUACUUAACUUGAAAAGUUCUUGUCUUUUUUAUGCCCGCCAAGUGUUUGAUGAAAUGCGUCAACCAACUCUCUCUGCUUAUAAUUACAUGAUUUCUGGGUAUGUGAAACAUGGGUUUGUUUUAGAAUGUUUUAAUAUGGUUAGAAAGUUGUGUCUUUGUGGUGAAACUCCUGAUAAGUUUACGCUAUCAAUGAUUUUGAAGGGGUCUACUGUUAGCUAUGCAGAGUCGUAUUCUCUAGAUAUUGGAAAACAGGUUCAUGCCCAGGUGAUUAAAUGUGAUGUUGAGGGUGAUGAUGUGCUUUAUACUGGGUUAGUUGAUUCAUAUGUGAAGAGUGGGAGGGUGGAUUAUGCGAGGAGAGUGUUUGAUUUGAUGUUGGAUAGGAGUGUUGUUUGCUCGACGUCGUUGAUAACAGGGUAUAUGAAUCAGGGUUAUUUUGAGGAUGCCGAAGAUGUGUUCAGUAAAACAAUGGAGAAAGAUGUUGUGGUGUUCAAUGCGAUGAUUGAAGGUUAUAGUAAACAGAUUGAAAAUGCUAAGAAGGCGAUUGAGGUUUAUAUUGACAUGCAACGUUUCGGUUUUAGGCCUAAUAUUUCUACUUUUGCAAGUAUUAUUGGGGCUUGUUCUGCUCUAGCAGCAUCUGAAAUUGGUCAACAAGUUCAAGGACAGCUGAUGAAGACUGAGUUAAUUGAGCACGUUAAAAUUGCAAGUGCUUUAAUUGACAUGUAUUCUAAGUGUGGAUUGGUUGAGGAUGCAAGAAGAGUCUUUGACCACAUGCAUGAGAAGAAUGUCUUCUCAUGGACUUCCAUGAUUGACGGUUACGGGAAAAAUGGGUAUCCCGAUGGGGCACUUGAACUAUUUAGUAUAAUGCAAGAAGAUCAUCACAUUGUUCCAAAUUAUGUUACAUUUCUAAGUGCUCUCUCAGCUUGUGCGCAUUCCGGACUAGUUGUAAAAGGAAGAGAGAUUUUUGAAAGUAUGGAGAGAGAUUACUAUAUGAAGCCAAGGAUGGAGCAUUAUGCUUGCAUGGUUGAUCUCUUUGGACGCUCAGGGAGCUUAAAUCAGGCAUUAGAGUUUGUAAUUAAUAUGACUGAAAGGCCAGAUUCUGAUGUUUGGGCAGCUUUACUCAGUUCCUGUAGAGUGCAUGGAGAUGUGGAAUUGGCUAAUUUAGCUGCCAAUGAGCUUUUCAAGCUAAGUAGUGGUAGUCGUCCAGGAGCAUAUGUUGCACUAUCUAAUGCUCUUGCGGAUGCUGGUAGAUGGGAUGGUGUGAGUGAACUUAGGGAGAUAAUGAAGAUUAGAGGAAUAUCAAAGGGCACAGGUUUCAGUUGGGUUGGCAGUGAUGGUAGUUUGAACGCUUUUUUUGCUGGACAACAGACAUAACUAAAGUUAAAGAUCUCCAGAGACUGGUAGUAAAGAAAGGCAUCGUUGCCAAUCUGAAGCGACUUAACCAUGCCUGAACAAGAAGAUAGAAAAUUGACAUGUGACUUGUUGAAGUUACACAAAUGGAAAUUAUACCUCCUCAGCUGCAUGGUUUGGCUUUCUUCACCCUUGUACAAGGAUUCAAGUUCAUAUACUUGAGUUUGUUUCUAUCUCCUUCAAGGAUUUAAUUCUUUUAUUGUUCCUAUCUUUCAAAUCAAGUCUCCCGCUAUCCACACUUGUGUCAGGGGUGAAGAGAAAUAAUUUAUUCAUAGUCAAAUCAUACUAGCAGAGUCUGCUAGUGAGAGAGGAGUCCACUUUCCCGCAUUUAUCGAUCAGGAUCCUCAAGGCACCAAGAAGGUAUGUUUCUUUGCAUGGUUGGCAGCUAGGGACGAGAUAUUGACAAUGGAUGAGCUAAUGUAGCAUGUUUGCUGCGGAUGGUCCUUAUUUUGUUUUGGUGUGCAAUGUGUAAUGCUGUGCACAAUGGAGAAGUGUUGCAUUACUAGUCCUUCAAAAUGAGGAAGAGAAGAAAUAGGGCAUGGAUGUUGAUCUGCUAGCUUUAUUGUGGGUAACAUGGAGGGAGAAUAAUACGAGAGCAUUUAAAGGGGGUUGAAAUAGAUAUCUGUUUCUAUUUUUCUUUUGGUGCAGCUACCAGCGUCCCCUGUGUGUAUAGAUGAUUGAUGUCCUUUGUAGAGAAUCAUAUUUUUGUGUAGGUUCUCUACGCUUAACUAUACAACUUCUAUACGGGGUUUCUCCCCACACAUUAAUAAAUUUGUUUACCUUAUUGAAAGUAAAGUUGUAUUUGAGAUACUAUUUGGUACAGGUUGGAUAAUCAGUAUUGCCAUGUGCGAGAAGUGAUUGUUAGAUGAAACUGGGCAAUAGUGAGAAUACUGGAAACACAAUCAGUCAAUUAUACCAAAAUGUGUUGGCAGACACUCAACUGUUGGAGUGCCUGACCAAGUCAAAUGUCUUUUAUUUGUCUAGUUUUUUUCCAUCCUCUUGAGCUUUACAGUCAAUACCAGGUUGACAUUUCUGUACAGUGCAUGUAACAAAGCUGACCUUGUGGCUCCAUAACAUUCCAAGCAUGUAGUUCUUCGCAUUGCAUGGAGCUCAGGUCCGUCCCUAUAGACCGUCUAAUUCAUUAUUGACUAAGGCCUAACAAGCAGACAGUCUAUCUAUUGAUUUCCAAAGUGAAGCUUUUAAAAGUGACUUGAUUUCUUGGAAAUCACAAGUUUUAUCAUCAGUCUUAAGCAUAACCUAGAAAAAAAAGGGGAUUAAAUGUGUUGUCCUCGGCCCGUUUACACAGCAUCAAGGGAAUGCUUAAGUCUAUCUAUCAAUUGAUGUGAUAAAUUCAAUCUUUUUUGGGGAACUUGACUUCUUGGAUAAUCUUUACCAUUAUACUUUGUUUUUUGGAUAAUCUGAUGAAAAGUAGGUCUUAUAAUAUUUAUGCAUUGUUUGGCUAUUAGGCAUGUUAAAUUUGAUUUUGCAUAUGCCUUCCGUCGGUUAUGGAGGUUUAUCAUCCCCAUAUCUGGUCUGGUUCUUAAAAGAAUUCUUUAAUCUGGUCCAGGCAUUGACAGGGACAUAAUGCGAUGCUUCUGUUAAUGAUUUGUGGAACUAAAUAUUCUAUGCUUGGAUGUUGGAAUUUGCUAUUUCAUAAUUGUGAAAUUAUCAAGAGGAUGAAACUUAUCAGUGCACAUUGUGAAAUUGCUGUCUCAUGAUUGUGAAGUUGGAAGUUACACGCUUAAGGUCUCUUAGUUCAUGAAUUGGGGCCAUCAGAAGUUAUUCCCGCAUGUUGUUGGAUAAAAAAACAGUUUACGUUUCUUCUCACAUAUGAUAUUUAUCCUGAGCUAGUAACAAGUUCUAGUUUUAACUGCAUGUUGUUUACUAACCAUUGUUCUUAUGCAUAAAUAGGAUUCAUAGAGGGUAGUCCAAUGAUGCUGUCAUUAACAUACUGGUGUAUGGCCUUAAAGGUAUUUAUUUCCACUUGUGAACUUCGUACAAAGUUGUGCUAUGAGUUUUUUCUGCAGUUCAUUGCGUCUCCUGUUCUUAUACCUUAAUAGAAGAAGUAUUUGAAGAUAGUUCAUCUUACUUGUUCAAUGAAGAAGCUGGCGUCAAUAGUGACUAGCCUCAAGGCUGUCUAUACACUAAAAAGUGCUGGAGGAAACAAUGGUGUUGAUUUAAGAUGGAGACACAGGUUUUAAUUAGCUUUCUCUAUAUAGAAGAAAAGUUGAUCUUUAGAAAUACUGGCAAAUUCCAUGAUUUGUUUGAAAAAGAAAAGCCAAAAGUAACGAAUCAAUAAACAAUGAGAAAAACUUGUUGAUUGCACUACGUUCAUUUUAUUGAAACUGAGUCUCUGGCAUUUAAUUCUUUUUUGCCUUUCUAUGUAGUGAUCAAUGAAACGCCAAAGCUUGUUUUAGGGCUUAAAAAUUACACCAGUUUAAGGGAUUUAUUCCUGAUUCUUUGAUUGAUGACUCCUUCCAUCCCAACUCCUGUUAUUAAGCUUCAUAGGGGAUAUUUUGGGUAUGCUGCAUCUUUGAAUAAAGCAGCUUAAGCUGAUUGAGCAUUUACAAUUGAUUUAGAAAGAGUCUAUUCUUGUUUUCAAAUUAGCCUAUACAAGUCGAUAAAGGUGGCGUUUAGGUAGCCAGUAUACGUCAGAAAAUGGUGGUCUGUAAUCCUAUCCUACAGCUUCCUGCUGCUGAAAUUUACAACUUUUUGGACUUUCAUGUAGUCCCAUGAUUGAAUGCUAGAGGGUCAUGCAAUUCUUUUUUGGAUUUUCUAGUAAUGUGCUCUUUUCAAUUGCACUUAUUAAUGUAGUCCUCAAGGAGGGGCUGCAAGGUGGGUGCUAAUUUUGUGUGUGUAGAUAACUUUUUCAUUAUCUUUUGGCUCCAUCUUGGUCUGUUGGGGUAAAGAGUGAGGAGGUCCAUGGGAUGAUUGUGUUGUGAGGAACAUUGGCACAUUAACUCAUUAACUGUAUAUUCAAGUUUGUUUUCUGGUUAACCUUAUAAUUUGGGCAAUUAUAUUAAAGACUUAUUUAGCCUUACACUUCCAUGAGUUAAAAAUACUUUUUCUUUCUCUUAAGUACAUUUAAUAUUACAAAUUUAUCUUAAGUGGUUGUUGAAGGGUGGGAAUUAGUUACGGUGACACUAAAGUUGUGAUUUUUCAAAAGAAAAUUUCAGCAUUUUCCUUGGCUAAUAGUUGGUGAAUUCGUUCUUUGAGCUUUUUUAAGAGAUUCAGCUUGAUCGUUGUUAAAAAGGGCUCCGACUUCAAGAGCACUUUUUUUUCGAUUAAAACAAGAAAUACUAUUACAUAUCAAGCAAUGUUAGUGUGGUAUAAAGGUGUUAGGUGGUGAAGGUGUAUUCUCAAGAUCUGCUUUAUACACAAGUAGAUAUGUCAGUAGUUAAAAUAUCUAAGAAUAUCGAAUUUCAUUUCUAUUUUGUCAGUGCAAUUACAUUUUUCUACUGAAAUUGUUUGAUUAAAUUGAAAUAUAGUCCAGUGUGAUUUUAGGGUGAACAUUGUACCUGGAGCUGUUGUUCACUAGAAUUCUCAGUAAUGGGAAGCACUGAUGCAAGGGUUGGACUAACAGUUUAAAAUGCACGUUUGGCUUUAUUUGCAGAAUAUAUAUUUGGCCAUUAAAUAUCAGGAAAAUAACAAUCAUGACUACUAAGAGUAUGAAGGUGCUAAGCGUCAAGUGUCUGAAUCACAAAUUUCUUGUUUAUAGAUAGAAAUGAUGAGAGAUUGGAGGUGCUCAUGCAUCAAUCUACAUCAAAAUUUAAGGCUAUUGUGCGGAUGAAGCUUUUACAGUUGCAUUUAAGCAUGAAUUGUUUGUUUAGGUUGAUAUUGGUCCUGUUAUUGUUUUAUGUCUGAAUGUUAUACUAGGAGUGGUUCACCAGUUGAAUAUAGUCAUCUCCUAUUGCCAUCUUGAGGAUUGGUGGGACACAGACAAAAAAGCUAUCUUGCAUGUAACCGAAUAGAAAGAAAAAUAAAAGUUACUCAAGAGGA